AGUGAGUUUCACUCUCAAGACAACAAAAAACCCAACAACAACAUUAGUACUACUAGUGUUCUUGGGUCGGACAUGAUGUUGCAGCACCAGAAUCAUCACCACCGUUUAUUUUCCUCUGAUCAUGAUGAUUCUUCUGCUAUUCCUGAUGGUUAUGGUCCCACAAGCUACAUCAUGUCUUUUGGCGGUGAUUCUGAUUCCUCUGCUCUAGAUGCUACCACCAUUGAUAAUAGCGGUGUACCUUUAACUUUGCAGCCUUUCCACAACAUUUCUGCUACCACAGCUCUCAAACCCUCAGUUACAGCAGUUGGAAUGGCGGCUUCAUCAGGAUCCCCUUUUACAUAUUCACAAUGGAAAGAGCUUGAAAGACAAGCUAUGAUUUACAAGUAUUUGGUGGCUUCUCUUCCUGUUCCUACUGAACUUCUCUCAUUGGAUCCUAGUUUCAAUAAGAAGUCAUCAUCAAGAAAUAAAAGUAAUAAUGAUCCAGAAGAAGGUAGAUGCAGAAGAACAGAUGGUAAAAAAUGGAGAUGUUCAAGAGAAGUGGCUCCUAAUAACAAGUAUUGCGAAAGACAUAUGCAUAGAGGUCGUUCUCGUCCCCGUUCAAGAAAGCAUGUGGAACUUCACACCAAUGACAAUAGUCAUAAUCAAAUAAAAAAGACUGUGGCUAUGCCUAAUUCAAUUAUAAGGACAUAUGGUGGAUCUUCAUCACAUUUUCAUGCUUCCACUUGUUUUCAACCUUAUCAACAAACUUUCCUUUGUUUGGAGAAUAAUGGCUUUGUGAUCAAAACUCAAAGUUUUGACUUUUCAAAUAAGCAGCCAAGGGGCUUGGAGUGGAUGCAAAAUGGAGAUCCAAUAUAUCUUGGUGCUUCUAACUCAGGAUGGCACUCUCUGAUGCAUAACAACAGACUUGGAUUAACCAAUGAAAGUUCCUAUCAAAAUAACACUGAAUUUCAGUAUAUGAAUUCAUUUCCACUAUAUACUACUUCUGAACUUUCUCAACAAGAAAAACCCUUUUCUCUCUUCUUUAAUUCCCUUACUGUUCCAAUGCAAAUUCUCCAAUAUGAGAAACCAAGAGAUUUUAGUUUCAUUGAUGCAUGGUCUAAUGCAGAAACAGUGGAAAACAAUGCUAACACCAACCACAAUGUUUCUGCCACAUCAAUUGGUAACUUCUCUCUUUCAUCUCUUGAUUUACCAAUGGGAGGUCCAUUAGGUGAAGUUUUGAGGCAAAGCAGUGUAACUUCCAUCAGUGAUGCAACAAACUCUAAUCCAUGUUCACCUGUUGGAAUAAACCAUGUUGAAUCUAUUGAAACUUCAGCAACAGGAAUGUUUUCAUCUCCUUCUGGUGUUUUGCAUCUUUCUGAUAGUAGUGGUAAUAGUACACCUACUAUUGCUUCAUCAAGGGUCAAUUCUGAAAUUGCCUUACUCAAAUACUUCAAUCAAAUGUCUUAAUGUAAAUUAAUUAGUCAGCACCUUAAGUUUCAUUUAGCAUAGGUUUAUUGUUCUGUUCUGUAAAGUAAUCUUAUUUUGCUUGCAUAUUUACUCAAUUAUGCCUUGUAAUAAAAUUGUGAUAAUUUUAGUAUAUAUAUAAAAUAAUUGCACAUGAAUGAAAGGUAAACGGCAACAAGUUGCGCCGCUAAUCCUUUCUGAAUGGCAAAACCAAUUCUUUUAUAAA